UUUUUUAACUCUCUAUAAUGGUUUUUAAUUACUUAUGUAUAUAACAAUAACCUUAACUAUAAUUUAUUUCUUAAAAUAAUUCUUUAAUGGAGGAACAUGCAAUAUAAAGAAAAAUCUACAAGGAUAAAUAAUCAUAAUAACAGGAUCAAAUAUUGGUAUAGGUUUUGAAACAGCUAAAGAAUUAGCCAUAUAAGGGGCUAAAAUAAUACUAGCCUGUCGUGAUGAAAAGAAAGGGAAAGCAGCAGAAUAAAAAUUAAAUGAAAUAAAAUAAUAAUCAUCUGAAUUUAUCAAACUUGAUGUUUCUGAUUUAUCUUCAGUUCGUUUGUUUGUAAAUGAAUUUAAAUCAAAGUAUAAAAAAUUAGAUAUUUUAGUAAAUAAUGCGGGUAUAACUGGAGAAAUAUAAAGAAAAUAAAUUAAGGACGGAUUCGAAUUAGUAUUUGUAACAAAUCAUUUAGGUCAUUUUUUAUUAACAAAUCUACUUUUAGAUUUAUUAAAAAAAACUCAAAAUUCUCGAAUUGUUAAUGUCUCUUCAAGUGCCCAUUAUAUUUCUAAUAUAGAUUUCGAUGAUCUUUUUUUCGAAAAAAAGGCCUAUAAUACCAUAAAGGCUUAUGCUUAAACUAAACUAGCUAAUAUUCUUUUUACUAAAUAACUUUAAAGGACUUUUGAUAAAGAAAACUUAAAAAUUAAAGCUGUUUCUUUACACCCUGGAGCUGUAAGAACUGAUGCUAUAAAUAAAGUCGGUGCAAAAAUAUUAGUUAAUUUAAUCCUUAUUUUAAUUUAUCCUAUUUUCGUGUUAGUUUUUAAGUCUACUUAUUAAGGAGCUUAAACUUCUAUUUAUUGUUGUGUGGAAGAUUUCGAGAAGUUAAAAGGAGGUGAAUACUAUUCGGAUUGUAAAGUUAAAAAAUCAUCUAAAAAUAGCUAUGAUGAGGAAACUGCUAAAAAAUUAUGGGAGAUUUCUACUAAAUUAGUUAAAUUUAGUUUUAUUUGUUUUAAAGCAGUGUUUUAGAAGAGGAAAAGCUCCUAUAAAAUGCAAUUUACAAGGUAAAAUAAUAAUAAUAACUGGAUCAAAUACAGGAAUAGGUUUCGAAUCCGCGAAAUAAUUAGCUGAAUAAGGAGCAUAAAUAAUACUAGCAUGCCGAGAUGAAAAGAAAGGAAAAAACACAGAAAUAUAAAUAAACCAGAUAUAUAAAAACUAAAGCGAAUUUAUAAAAUUAGACCUUUCUGAUUUAUCUCAAAUUCGUUUAUUUGUAAACGAAUUUAAAUAAAAAUAUAAUCGAUUAGAUGUUUUAUUAAACAAUGCAGGAAUAGAGGCCGGGAAAUAUAAAAAAUUAACAAAAGAUGGAUUCGAAAUGGCUUUUGGGACAAAUCAUUUAGGUCAUUUUUUAUUAGCUAAUUUACUUUUAGAUAUAUUAAAAAAAACUGAAAAUUCUCGAAUUGUUAAUGUUUCUUCUGGAAUACAUAAAAAUGGAUUUCCAUUUUAUACCAAAAUAGAUUUCGAAGAUUUAAAUUACGAACAAAAGCCAUAUGUAGGUAUAAAGGCUUUUUCUUAAAGUAAACUAGCUAAUGUUAUUUUUACUAAAUAAUUAUAGAGAAUUUUCGAUUAGGAAAAUUUAAAAAUAAAAGCCGUUUGUUUAAAUCCAGGGGCUGUAAGAACCGGAAGUUUAACUAAAGGAGAAAAUAAAUUAUUAAUAAAGAUUAUUAUUUGUUUAUAUUAUCCGUUUUAUUUUUUGGGAUUUAAGUCACCAUAGAAAGGGGCUUGGACUUCAGUUUACUGUUGUGUUGAAAAUUUCGAUAAAUUAAAGGGGGGAGGAUAUUAUGAAAAUUGUUAAAUCUCUAAAGCUUCGGAAGAUAGUUGCAAUGAAGAAGCAGGUUCGAAAUUAUGGGAUUUGUCGGCUAAAAUGGUUAAUUUAUGA